AUGGAAUCCAACAACAACGCAACAGAACAGAAAGCAGGGGAUGAGUCUCAUGCUCUAUAUUUAAAUGUGACACCAGAUACUGAUGCAGACCUCACAGCAGAGGAUUCCCAGUCAUUUUCAACAGUCAUUGUCCAAGGACAACCUGAACCUGACCCCAUGGUCCAACCUAGCCCUGAUCCAGAUGUGGAAAAUGCUAUUAAGCCAAGUCUUCAGAUAACUUUUAACACUUCUACCGUCAAAAAUGGUGGAGAUCUGAAAGUCGAGAUCCCAGUAGUUGGGCAUCCAGCACCAAAGAUUGAAUGGAAAAGAGAUGGGCAGGCAGUCAAAGAGACUUCAAGACUAGAGGUUUUAAAUACAUCAUCGCUGACAGUUCUUCAUAUCAGACAUGCCGCCAGGGAGCACUCUGGUCAAUACUCUAUCAUAGCAAGCAACAGCUCUGGAAAAUAUACAGGAGAAAUCACCGUGGUUGUUCUUGAAAAGCCCGACCCACCCACAGGCCCUGUGAUGAUUGAUGAGGUCAGCUCUGACUAUGUUAUUGUCUCCUGGGUGGCACCCGAAUACACAGGAGGCUGUCAGCUAGACAACUAUGUAGUGGAGAAACGGGACAUCUCAAGCACUGAAUGGCAGACUGUGUCAGCGACAACAGUAAGAACCACAAUCAAAGUCACCAAACUGAAGACAGGAAAUGAAUACCAAUUCAGAGUGUUUGCCGAAAAUAGGUAUGGGAAGAGUACUGCAAUCACCUCUCCUAUUGUGAUGGCACAGUAUCCUUUUAGUGUGCCCGCUGCUCCUGGCACCCCCUUUGCAUCCACAGUGACAAAGUACAGCAUGGUGGUUGAAUGGGUGCCCCCCGCCAAAGAUGGAGGAAGCCCAAUCAUUGGCUAUCACCUUGAGCGCAAAGAGAAAAACAGCAUUUUAUGGACCAAACUGAACAAACUUGUCAUACCUGAUGCUCGCUUCAAAACAAGUGGGCUUGAAGAAGGCAUUCAAUAUGAAUUCAGAGUCUUUGCUGAGAAUAUUGCCGGACUUGGCCCAUCAAGCAAAAUAUCUGAAUGCUACGCGGCAAGAGACCCCUGUGAUCCACCUGGCAAACCUGAAGCUGUUGUUAUAACCAGAGAGAACAUCACACUUCAGUGGGCAAAACCAAGAAGUGACGGUGGAAGCACAAUUACAGGCUAUGUUGUUGAAAAGAAGGAGCUCCCAGAUGGCAGAUGGAUGAAAGCACACUUCACAAAUGUUAUUGAGAAUCAGUUUGCAGUCACGGGUUUAACUGGAGGCCAAGGUUAUGAGUUUAGAGUCACUGCUAAGAAUGCUGCUGGUGUUUGGAGUACACCUUCAGAAAGUGUAACCAUCAUUGCUCAGGAUGUUAUUGAAGGACCAACAGCAUACAUUGAUCCAAAGUUCAAGAACACCUCUGUUUUUCAAGCUGCGAGUGCAGUGGCUGGUGACUCUGUAGUGCUAACAUGGGAAAGGCCUGAGACUGAUGGAGGCUCAGAGAUUGAUGGCUACAUCUUGGAGAAACGGGACAAAGAAGGAGUAAGGUGGACUAAAUGCAACAAGAGAAGACUAAAUGACCUGCGUUUCCGAUGCACUGGGCUCACAGAGGGACACCACUAUCAGUUUAGAGUACUGGCUGAGAAUGCUGCUGGUGUUGGUGCACCCAGUGAACCAAGUGAGUACAUUAAAGUAUGUGAAGCUACCUACCCACCUGGUCCCCCUACCAACCCAAAAGUGAUAGACUAUUCCAGCAGGACUGUGUCUCUGACUUGGUCACGGCCCAUCUAUGAUGGUGGAGCAGCCAUCAGUGGGUUUGCUGUUGAAAUGAAGGAAGCAGCAGAAGAUGAGUGGACGACAUGCACACAAAGUACAGGUGUAGAGGACACAAACUACACAGUGAAUAGACUCAGAGAAAAUGCAAUGUACAAUUUCCGGAUACGUGCGAUGAACGCAGCUGGGAUUGGAGAGCCUGUGGAUCUACCUGGAAUUGUGGUGGCUGCAGAAAAAUUGGAGGCCCCUGAGAUUGAGCUGGACAGUACCUUGAGGAAGAUUGUCAGUGUUAGAGCCUGUUCCACUUUACGUCUCUACGUCACCCUCAGAGGGAGACCAGAGCCCGAGGUAAAAUGGACAAAGGAAGGUGGUGCCCUCACUGAGCGUGCUCAAAUUGAGGAAAACCUGUACCCAGUGUGACAUGGGAUAAAGCAGAUGUGGAUUUGAGAGUCAGAGGAUUGAUCAACACCAGCAACUCUGUGACCUCUAUCACAGUGGAAGGGGCAACACGUGACGACUCUGGCAAGUACAGAGUCAAGCUGCAGAAUGUAGCUGGGUCUGCCUCUUUGACACUGAAUGUGAGGGUUUUGGAUUCACCUGGUCCACCAUCAAAUAUAUUAGUUAAAGAUGUGACCAAGAACUCUGCUACAGUUUGCUGGGAUAUCCCAGAGAACGAGGGGGGAGCCUCUGUCAAGAACUACCAUGUAGAUAUCCGGGAUAUUAGCAGAAAAGGGUGGACGAGACUCUCAGACAAAUGCCGUCGACUGUCCUACAGAGUGUCUGACCUGGAGGAGGGAGGUAUCUACUUCUUCAGAAUCACAGCUGAAAAUGAGUAUGGGGUCGGUGUUCCAGCUGAGACGAAGGAGGGAACAAAAAUGACAGAUACAACAGACUGGGAGACAAAUCAAGGAGCUUAGGUCUCAUCCUUCUGAACCUGAAUUCAUCCUCUCCUGAGCUUCAUGUCAAAAUCUUAUCUCAUCUAAAAAAAAA